GUAGUUUCCAUAGGACCUGGAAGUGGAGAGUAGGGCGUGAAGGUCUUACGACAAACAAUAGACCCCUAAAGACUCAUGUCUGAGGAAGAAGCCUGGAAGAGGAGGGAGAGGAAAGAACAGGAGUCAGAAAUGGCUCUUUCUCAGGAACGGUUGGCCUUCGAGGAUGUGGCCAUCGAGUUCUCUCAGGAGGAGUGGGAAUGCCUGGACCCUGCUCAGAGGGCCUUGUACAGGGACGUGAUGCUGGAGACCUACAGGAACCUGCUCUCCCUGGGUGAGGAUAACUUCCCUCUAGAAGUUGGGCUCUGCCCUUGGUGGUACUGCAGCUGUACCAGAGACAAAGGCAAAGUCUUUAUCGUGAUCUACCACACUCUGCCAUCUUGUUCCCUGUGA